CGGACAUAUUGGUUAGUGUGGCAAAAAUUUUUGCAAAAUGGCUUCCACAUUUUUGAUUGCCUCAGUAUUGGUCCUAACUCUCUUUGGAGUUUGUCGAGCCGGCGGUGAUCAUGGAGGAGGACACAAAAAAGUAAUCAUCCAUGUGCCGUACAAAGUAAAAACUAUCCACCACACUCACACGGUGUACAAACACGUCGGAGGUGAUAAAGAGGAGGGAUCUAAAGUUAUCGGUUACUCUGGCGACGGUGACGUAGAAAUAGGUCACGGUGGGUACGGAGACGAAGGAGGCCACGCUGGUGGGUUCACCGUCGGAGGUGACCACGGAUUUUGGCACUCAGGAGGUGGCCACGAAUCAGGGGGCGUAGAAACUGGCGGACACGGUGGCUUCAGUUCUGGAGGCGACGGUGGUGACUUGGGAGGUUACGGAGGAGGUGACUGGAGCCAUGGAGGUGGCGAUAUUGGCGGUUACGGCGGAGGUGACAUUGGAGGAGGACACGGAGGCGAUAUCGGAAGUUACGGCGGCGGAGAUAUAGGUGGUGGUCACUCAGAUUACGGAAACUCCAUCGGAGGAGGGCACGAUUUCGGUGGUCUAGGAGGAAGCAGUUUCGAAGGCUAUGGAGGUGGAGACGAUGGAGGUCAUAAGGGUUACGAUUAAGUUCUUCUCUUUUCUAAAAGACUUUAAGUUAUACGCUCUGUUACCUGUGUUUUUCUUCCGACUAGUCGUUUUUGUUAAUUAGUACGUAAGGUUAGUUCGUUAUUUUCGUCGUUACGUUUUUUGUU